AUGGAACAGCAGAGAUCUUCAGAAAGAGGCAGAGAUCUCCUUCUCUCACCUCCCCCUCUGAUAUCAUUCAGCUCCCUGCUGGCCAUCAUCACCAUCUUCCUGCCCGGUGGAGCCUGGGAGAGGAGGAUCUGCACAUUGGCAGGAUACAUGCAGAUGGCUGCAGUGGUCAUUAUGGCAUCUGGUUUACUGGUUUACCCCUUCGGUCUCAACUCCAACCUGGUCAAGUCUUUCUGUGGAGACUCGGACAUCUACUACGCCGGGGAGUGUCAGAUAGGAUGGGGCUACAUGCUGGCUAUCGUAGGUGUCAUGCUCACCCUCUUCCUGCCCUUUUUCGCCAAGUACGCCCCCAAAGAGCAGCUGUCACCCACCCCACUGCCCACUCUUUUAUAGAGCACUAAAGACCACCACCUACAAUAUUCAACCUGC